CCCCUUGGUCUCCGUACAGAAUUACUCCCAGCCAGUGCGCGCAAUUGGUUUGUCAUAGUCGCAGAGAGCUCAGUUUUUCUGGACCCAAACAACUUAGCUUCUUUUUCUUUUUUCUUCUUCUUCACACUCCUCACCUCUUCCGUGGAGCUUUUCUCACAAGAUACCCUCCCUUCCCUACCUCCUCUUGUCCCCACUCCUCAUUUGCCCCCCACUUAAAUUCAUCUGGAUACUCUUUUUUUUCUUCUAUUUUAAAUCGUGUGUUGGUGUGCGUGAGCGCAUGGUGACGAGAGGGGCUGCUGGCGUUUUUCAAGCUUUUUACGGGACGUGAUGUAGCCUCCCCGCACACAGAAAGGACGCCUUGUGCCAUAAAGGGAUCUAAGGGGACAGUGUACCGUGGAUGCAACGCGAGGAAGCCGCCGUUUCAUCACCGCCGGGGCUCGGAUAGUGGAGCAGCAGCGGCAGAUAGAGGCGAUUUUUACGGGGAUAUUGAACGGAGCGACAGGAGGCAACACUUUGGAAUCGCUGCCCUCCUCUCUCCCUCUCUCUCUCUUCGACCCCCGUCAAGUCUCUCUCUUUCCCACACACACACAAACACACACUCGCUGUGCAGUAAAGGACGGUACCUGAAAAGACACUUGCGAGAGAAAUUAACGCUGACUUUGAGGACGGAGUGCUAUUUCCUCCGCCGUUUCUAAAUGCGCGGACAGGACGUGCUUUCCCUAUCUGGAAUGUGAUAUACGGGAUUUGUUCAGCAGCAGCACUCAAGGACCGCUCUCCUCUCUCAAACUGAGACUUUGGAAGGCAUCUGGAAUCCGAGCAACAAGGCUUGCUGCGGUCCUGUGGGAAGUGUGGCGCAGUGGAGGGAUCGGUGCCAUAAAGGAAGCACCCAGCUGGGGCAUUUGCCAGCAAAACACUGAGUACUGAACUUAUCUGGGACCUUCAGCAGCGGGCGGUAAGAGGAGGAGGAGGAGGCCAUGUUGACCGCACGCCUGCUAGUCCUCGCCAGCCUCUUCGCACCAGCCGCACUGGCCUUCAGUCGAGCACCCAUCCCCAUGGCGGUGGUGAGGAGGGAGCUGUCAUGCGAGAGCUACCCCAUUGAGCUACGGUGCCCGGGCACUGACGUCAUCCUGAUCGAGAGCGCCAACUACGGCCGCACUGAUGAUAAGAUCUGCGACGCAGACCCAGCACAGAUGGAGAACACACGGUGUUACCUUCCAGAUGCAUACAAGAUCAUGUCUCAAAGAUGUAACAACAGGACCCAGUGUGCUGUUGUGGCAGGACCAGACGUAUUUCCUGACCCGUGCCCGGGAACCUACAAAUACCUGGAAGUCCAGUAUGAAUGUGUGCCCUACAAAGUGGAACAAAAAGGCUCCUCAGUAUUCCUGUGCCCAGGGCUACUGCGGAGGGUGUACCAGAGCGAGCAUCUCUUUGAAUCGGACCACCAGUCCGGAGCUUGGUGCAAAGACCCUCUUCAAGCUUCGGAUAAGAUCUACUACAUGCCUUGGACACCCUACCGCACAGACACCUUGACCGAAUACUCAUCCAAAGAAGACUUUGUCGCUGGAAGGCCGACAACGACCUACAAGCUUCCGCAUCGCGUUGACGGAACGGGCUUUGUGGUCUACGACGGAGCGCUCUUCUUCAACAAGGAGCGCACACGCAACAUUGUCAAGUUUGACCUGCGAACUCGCAUCAAGAGCGGCGAGGCCAUCAUAGCCAACGCCAACUACCACGACACGUCUCCGUACCGCUGGGGAGGGAAAUCAGACAUUGAUUUGGCUGUAGACGAAAACGGCCUGUGGGUGAUUUACGCGACCGAGCAGAACAACGGGCGGAUUGUGAUCAGCCAACUCAAUCCCUACACACUGCGCGUUGAGGGGACCUGGGACACGGCGUAUGACAAGCGUUCGGCAUCCAACGCCUUCAUGAUUUGCGGAAUCCUUUAUGUGGUGAAGUCGGUGUAUGAGGAUGAUGACAAUGAAGCGACGGGAAACAAGAUCGAUUACAUCUACAACACAGAACUCAGUAAAGACGGCUUCCUGGACAUCCCUUUCCCCAACUCCUAUCAGUACAUUGCUGCUGUGGAUUAUAACCCCAGGGACAAUCUGCUGUAUGUUUGGAACAAUUACCACGUUGUCAAGUACUCUCUUGAUUUUGGAGCAUUGGACAACAGACUAGAAACGUCCUCCUCGAUAAUGGUGUACAUGGAUACCACGACCACAACAACGAGGACCUCCACCAGACCUCCUGUUACCACGACAACCACGACAACCAGGACCACCACCACCAAGGUGCCCGCCACGACGCCUUUGGUGGUCCAGUCGCCACGAACCACAUCGGCAGUGGUGGAACCGUACCAGACAGUCUUGGAAGAUUUGGAGCGAGAAGAUGUCAACGCGGCGCCGGCCACCGCUAAGCUACCAAAUCUUAGGGUGGAGUACUGCAGUCCACUGGUGAUGAUGGACGUGUCCUGGCCGAGGACGAAGCAGGGAACGUUAGCCAAGAUGCCCUGUCCACCUGGAUCAUUAGGUGUGGCCUCAUACAUGUGCAUGGGCCCCGAAGGAUACUGGGACUCCCAGGGGCCUGACUUUAGCAACUGUACCUCGCCUUGGGUCAACAUCAUCAGCCAAAAGAUAAAAGCCGGAGAGACGGCGGCGGUCAUCGCCCGGGAGCUGGCAGAGCAAACCAAGAGCAAUCUUCAGGCGGGGGACAUCACCUACACGGUGAAGGCCAUGGUUCAGCUGGUGGAUCUGCUUGACGUGCAGCUGAGGAACCUCACACCAGGUGGCAAAGACAGUGCAGCACGGAGCCUCAAUAAGUUGCAGAAGAGAGAGCGCUCAUGUCGGUUUUAUGUUCAGGUAUUUGGACCAAAUUCUAUUCCUUACUUCCUGCUCUUCGUUUCCUCAUUGUGGUAACUUGUGCUGUCGUUUUCCAUUUUUAACCACAGAAUGUGAAAUUUGGCCUUUUGAAGUGGCGCCCAGUGCCACAGUAUCAAAGUCACUACAUGUGUGUGCCAUGUGUUGCCUUUCCUUGCAACACUUGUCUUAAAUCAAAGGGUCAAAUUUCAUUUUUGUCAUUGUGUCUCAACUUUUAGUUUAUUAUUCAUAUUUUUCACCCACCACCCUGCAUGCAUAUGACAUGUAAUGAUAGUUUCUUG